CAUCCUUACAAUCGAGCUCAUCUAGCAUACAGUAGUGCUUCCUUUGACCUCACUGCAUCGACGUCCGAUCAUGUCGUCCCGCGGUCGAAACCCCUCCCGACCGAGCAACACCGGGUUCAAGGUCGUCCCCGCCCACGCACCCCAUUCGGCCUAUCUCGGUAAAGCCAAGAAGCUCAAAGAAUCUCUCAUCGAACGAGCUCGGAUAAAAAGAUCGUUCGCCAAAGCGCUCAAGAAGGAAGGAUUACAGAGCGAACGUCUAGGACGAGGACAAGUCUCUGGUCUGGGGCAGGGAUACGGUGGGAACGGUUCUGCGAGAGGCUCUUCCUUCAACAGCAGGGGUCGAGGGUCGGGCCGAGGAGGAGGAAACGUUGGAGGUCGACCUGGGGGAAGGGGUGCAUCGAGGUCGAGCGUGAUCAAAAGCGAUGGGGUUCGGGAGUUGGUACAACUCUCCCGGAAGACGAAAUCCAACGGCGAUUCUUCCACCGCAGCUACCGCGGCAGGACUAACCGCAACAAAACCACUGAGCAAGAGAACGGUUGUUCCGGAGAGCGAGAGCGACGAGUCCGAGUUGGAAUCCGGGGAAGAACGAGCGCCUCGUCCGUCAAAGACUCGGGGUACAGGUGCAGGUAGCAACCUUGCUCCGAACGAGAACGAUGAUGAGGAGGAUGAUGGGUUCUUCAACGACGAUGUGGAAGGGGAUAUGAUCGAUUCCCGAGUUUCCCUUCGCCGAAACAAAGGGAAAGGAAAAGGUCGGGCGGACCGGGUCGACCAGGACGGAGCUAUGAGUAUGAGCGAAGACGAGGACGAAGGGAACAAUGUGAAGCGUUCCAGGGAACGAUCCCGGGCUGGACCUCCUCCUGGUGACGACGAUCAAGACGAGGACGACGAAGAGGUCUUUCUACCGUAUACACAUUCGAACUCCAAUCCAAACCUGCGUGGUCGAGGUGGAUCGACGAGAGGCACAUCUACAUCCAUAUCUACUUCCAGCCGAGGUCACAAUCAUCCGCAAGGUCACGGUGCGACUGCCUCCUCUUCGUCUUCAACCUCGACGCCGGUUUACGGAGCCGGCCGACCUCGACCCUGGGGCACGGACGGGGUCGCCUCCAUGUCUCACCACGGGUCUGGGUCUAUGGGGACCGUGACGAGGCCAAAGGGGAAGAAGGACAAGGGGAAUCCGAAUUUCACUUUCCUCGGUCGGAUGGGGGAUGAUGCUGGGAAUGCGGAUCGUGGAGAGAGGGAUGCAAGAGCAGGAGGCCGGACGGGUACGAAAGACAGGAUGGAGCAAGAAGUCCCCCCGAAAGCUGUUGUUGUGAACAAUACGCCUUUCCGGGGAAAACCGCUCCAUUCGCACAAACCACCUGGCAGUACACCAUCAUCAACGCACCCGAACUCCACCACCACCACCACCGAUAACAAUACCCCAAGAAGUACGCUUACGCUGCGUGAUUUGAAACGUACCGCCUACCUCGGUCCGGCCAAGACUUCUUCUUCUGCGUCGUCGGCUUUUGGGGCGGUGCAUCCUGGUCGGACGAAACGGACUUUACAGAAACAACAACAGCAACAACAUGCACAGGCGCAACAGCCCGGAGGACGAGCGGGAGGCGGACGACGAAAUGGUACUGGUGGUGGCGGCGGUGGGAGUGCGAGACAGCCGAGGCUGGGCGCGAGGAUGGGAGCGUUGUUGCAAGAGAUCGAGAGGCGCGGGUAAUGGUAGAGGAGUGGAUGAUCUGGACAGUGAGAUUGAGAUCCGGAUUUUCGAGUUCUACUGCGUUUAACGCUUGUCGGAGGGAUGAAUGAAAACGGGUCGAGUGGGACGAGUUCCCGGGUUUUGAGGACGCGAUGUAAUGGUAGAUGACUGAUGACGCUCACGACAUUCGAGAUUUUCAUGAUCCCAUGAUGCUUGCGGUCUUGACAACGAAACACACGUACGAGUCCCGGUAUGGCUCAGCCCAUUCACUAAGCCACUUCGACAUGUCUCCAAAGCAUCCCAAUCCUGUCUCUUGACGGAUGUUC